AUGGGCUCACACUACCCGAUUUCUCUUGAUGGAAUCACUGCAAACUCCAUCCUCACGCCGACAGUAGCUCUCGCCAAGACAUGGACCGGAAAUCAUCAGCGCGUCUUCCUCGCCGGAGAUUCUUGUCAUCAGACAAUUCCCUCGGGCGGCUAUGGAAUGAAUAUGGGCCUUGCUGAUGCUUGGGAUCUUGGCUGGAAGCUCGCAGCCACUGUUCAAGGCUGGGAUGGCACUCACUUGCUGAAGACAUACGAACAGGAACGUCGUCCUGUGGCUGCGCUGAUGCAACACUGGAGCAAAAUGCACUUGAUAAAACUCAUGGGGCUUUCAACGGCUGUGAAAUUGGAUCCGGUCGUCAUCGAAUCCAUGCAUGAGCACGGCAUAGCUCUGCGUGAGGGGGUCGAUCAGUACGCUCAGUUAAACGAUGACCAUAACCAGAGCUUCGGCGUUGAAAUGGGUUACCGCUACGAGUCGAGUCUAGCAGUACUGAACGAGCAGGUGGAUGCUGAAAAGGCAGCACCACAGUUCGACUCAUGCCACUACAUCCCAGUUACGUUUCCUGGUUCGCGCGUACCGCACGUGGCUUUGUCGGACGGCAGCACCAUUUCCGAUGGAUUCGGGAAAGGCUUCACCAUGGUCGUGUUUCUGCAGAAAGAAGUAGUAGCAGCCGGAGAACAAUAUCAGGUGCCCAUCGCACUGGCCAAUUUUGAAGAAGCAGCACGCAAGCACAGUAUUCCUUGA